AUGAGGAAGCGCAUGCUGACCUCCACCCCCAAGGCAGGAGCCAAGCCACCAGGGGAAUUCCCAAAGCUGUCCACAACCACCUCCUCCUCCUCCCCCAACAUCUCCUCCAGGCGCCGCCGCUCCUGCAUAGCUUUCAGAAAGGUUCCCUUAGUCUGGCAACCCUCAACUCGCAAGUACAGAUUCAGGCCUGGCGUAGUUGCCCUGAGGGAGAUCCGCUUCUAUCAGCGCACCUUUCACACGCUCAUUCCCAAGCUGCCUUUCUCUCGGCUGGUGCGGGAAAUCUUGGCAGGCUUCCGCCAUGAUCUCAGGAUUCAGUCAUUGGCAUUGCAAGCCCUGCAGGAGAGUGCCGAGGUGUACCUGAUUGGCAUGCUGGAGAGGGCCAACUUGUGUAGUGUUCAUGCCCGUCGCAUCACCAUCAUGCCCAACGACAUGAAGCUGGUGCGGCGCAUCAGGGAGGAUUGAUGGCGCUCUGCUGGCUCUCCUCCUAAGGUUAGCCACUGGAAGAUGUCUUAAUGAAUCCUGCAUCAUCGCUUCUCUGUCACCUUCCAUUGUGCACCUGGUGUCAGAAUACCAGCCACUCCAUCUGGAAGUUGGCUGUGGUGUGUGACACACACACAUUUUAGAAGUAUUAGGUUGAAUUUUUUUUAGAUGGUUCUUGAUCUUUUAUUUAUUUAAGUGCCAAAGAAGACCCACUAAUGUUGUUUUGUGGCUUUUAGAUUGUUUUUUCUUCUGUAUGUAGGUAGUGAGUGAAAUGUGUGGGUGGAUGGAGCUCUUCUCUUUGUUAAUCCAUCAGUAAACAAAAUCUAAGUAUUUUUUGUAAUGUUGGUGAUUGGAGAGAUUAACCAGUCACUUGCUGCCCUUUGACAAUUAACAAAUACAUUGGGAAUAUUCUUCUAUUCCACUCAUGGGAUCUUACUGUAGCUGUAGUUCCAUUGUAGAGGUUUUUACUUUGUGUGAUUAAAGAAUGUAAUCUGUACCUGACAUUCAAAAUUUUGUCAACAAUUUUUCAUAAAUAUUCAACAUAUAAA